AUGUUGGUUAGUAACGCUGUAGCUUCUUCUGAUGUUAUUUCCACGGUAAAUCACAUAGAUUUAAAAUGGCAUCCGAUCAAGGAUAUUCUGGCUGUGGCAUCGUUUACUGCAAACAAAGGCGGUUACAUCAGCUUCACUACCCAUAAGGUAUGGUUUUUAGAAAUGUUACUUUAAUUAAAAAUAUUAAAAUUGUGAUAAGCUACUAAAUCACAACAUUUUACAUUCAAUUAAAUAUUAUUUAUAAUUAUUACUACGUAUAUAAAAUUAUUUAUCUUCAGGGAGGUGACUCUUUCUUCGACUUACCGGCCAAGCAAGAAGAGAAACCAACUCAAUUACUGUGGCAUUCUACUGAAGCAUUCGUUAUUGUAGGAUGGGAUUCUGGACGGAUUCUUUUGGUUGAUCCCUUCGAAGAAUUCGGUAAGUUUACAAAUUUCGAUAAAUAUUUUGUUUUUAGAAAGAGAAAUCGAAGGAACUGAACGCUCAACCAGUAUAACAUGUUUAUGUUGGGAUUCAGACAAUGCCACAUUGGUAGCUGGAGAUACUGUGAGUUAUUUAUUGUUUUACCAGAGUUUAACUAACGUUUUAUACGAUUAAAGUUUAUAUUUUUAACGUAAUAUAAGGUUCUUUACCUAUUUUACUAAUAUUUCUGAGCCCUUUUACGUUAAAAUUUUAAGACGUUUGCAUAUUACAGAAAGGAGUAGUGAGUUACUACAGUGGCAUCAACACAAACGACAAGCUUGCAAUUAGUAAAAGGAUUGAGAUUGACGAAGGAAUUGUGUCGCUAACAGUGAAGCAGCUCAAAAAGUGAGAAGUGAAACUUUUAAUUGAGAGUAAAAUAAUGAAAAAUAUAAUAAAAAUCAAAAAUUGUCAUUUUUAGGACAAAGGAAAGAGUUAACAGUGCACAUACCACGGACGAACUGACUGAAAUUCUGAGCGUUAACAGACGGAAAAUAAAGGUGGGGCUUUUGAGCUAAAGUCUAUAUUGUCUCUUGAGGUGAAGACUAUAUUGUCUAUGAUUGGAAAAAUUUCUUUUGUAACAAAAAUGCAUAAUUAAAAAUGAAUUUAAGGUUUUAAAUUUAGGAACAAAACCAAAUAGAAGAUAGUGAAGCCAAUACCUUUAAGAAAGAAGCGGUAGAGACAGUACUAGUUGUGAGUACCAACAAGAACAAUCUGUACACUCUAAAGGAAAAUGGGGAACAAGCUCUCAUUUACACGGUAAGAUUUAUUUUUUAAUAGUAUUUUUAUCGUAUCUUUUUAUGUUUUUACAUAGUUAUAAAUUUGUAAUUACGGUAGGUUCACAUUUUACUGUAGUUUUCUUUUAAAAUGUGUCAUUAUGACAUUUUUAUCUACAGACAGACAGCCCGGCCAGGAGAGUUUUGCAAAUGCGUGACAGACCUUAUGUCAUCAUUUUGACAGAAGGUCUUAUGUUCUACCAGAUUACAUUUGAAAAUACUGCAGUAAAGGACAAAAUCAAAGUAAAGAUUAGAAAUAAUUUUUUUGGUAUUAUUUAUAAUGUUUUUAUUUAAAUUUAUGUUUCAAAGUUGUUAAAAGGGUACUGUUUUUAGGUGAAACUUUCUGGUCGUCGAGAGUACUUUGAUGCCAUUUCUGUAGACUCGGAUACUGUAGCCAUCUGUUACGGUGACAGAGAGAUUAGAGUUUGGAAUCUACAAUCAGAAGAUAGUGCGGUUUAUAGACUGGAUCAAGACAAAGGAUAUCAAGGGACAGAAAAUAUUGUGGCUUUGAGUUACUGUAACAGACGGAGUAAGUUUACUAUUGCAAGCAUAAAUACGAAACUAUCUUUAUUACGUGUCUUUGCUAUGAUUGUUGUACCUAAUAGGACAGUGAGUAAACUGUAGUUUCAACUAUAAAUGCCGUUCUAGAUUACAUAUCUGGUGGAACCUUAAACGGUAAAGUGGCCAUGUGGAAGCGACACAAAGAAACCUUCGAAAUACCGGUCGAUCAGCAAUGGAGACUUCAGUCUGCUCUAGUUGUAAAUAUGAAAGUGGGUUUACAGGUUUUAUCUUUUAUAUAAAUUAAAGUUUACUUUGUUUUCAAAGACAUACUUUCAAGGUAGUGUCAAUGGCAUGGUCACAUCUCACACCAACACUGGCACUCAACUCUGGGGAUUCUAUCGAGAUCUUUCGAACACAAGGUGUUGAGUAUCAUGUUCACAAGGAUGUAAGUAAUCAGCAUUAUUUUAAAAAAGUUGUUCAAAUAGUUCUGUGCCUCUACUCAAAGAAAAUUUUUGGAGGCACAGAAUUAAGUGAAAAAUAUAAUAGAAAUGUCUUCUUAUUGUUUUUAAACUUAAUUUUAUUAAAAUUAUAGUACGCAGUCGUGCAAUCCAGUCCACAGAUCGUAUCUUUUGUGAAGAUCACCGAGCCUAUCGAGACUCAAGAAGUCCAGUUUUCUCACACAAUCAAAGGCUUCAAGCUGAAUGGAAGUAAUCUGAUUACGUGGGAUGACAAUCAGGUAAAAUAACUUUCAUACCUAAAAUAAGCGAUAAAAACAAGGUUGUUAACAAAAACUGCUUACUCUGUAGCCAUAGAAUUACAAAUAAAUUUACGAAAAUUGUUUCAAAAGCUUAUCAGUACAAUUGCUUUAUAGGUAUACGUGAAUGAGAUAAUAGACGCAGAAGAUGCGCCAAUUGAACUGAACCAAGUGUCUCAACUGAAUGCGUCAGUGAAAGCAGCCAAUUGUUACAAUCAACAGUUGUAUUCGAUUGAGAAUGGCGCAUUAUGCAUCAGAACGUUCCAAGGCACGUUGAAGAAGAUCGUGACUUUUCGAGAAGUAGAAGGUGAAGUUCAGAUACUGGAUAUGAAUGCCAAGUGGUUGUGUGUGGGGUCAAGUCAGGCUUACAUUAGAGUGUAUAACAUGGAUGAUAGGUAUUUUUAUGUUGUUAUAAUAACAGAUUAAUUGAAAUUUAUUUUUAAAUCAUACUGUAACCUUUCUAUUAAUGUUACGCCAUUUCAGUAGCCUAAAACAAAUGUACCAGUCGAACCAGUUGAGUCUGAAUAUUGAGGACUUUGAUCGGUUUGACAGUAUCAAGAUCAACAAUGCUGGCAACAAAGUGAGUAUUACUAUGAAGCGGAAAGAUACCACGGACGAACGUAUCUUCAUAUGGGAUGCCGAGUCUGAUAUACUGGGGUACUUUUCAUUUCCCGAUGGGCUUUCUGAUACUCAACAGUACGAGAGCAAGUUGGAAGAGAACCAACCGGCUGAUGGACGACCGAAAACGGCUGCUGCCAAGUAAGCUUGUUACUGUAACUUUUCUAUAAUUGUUUGUUGCUGUUAUAUAUUGUUUUUGUUAGGGGGUGGGAUGAAAAAGAUUUUAAGAUAUUUUGACGUACUGUAAUGUUGGUUAUUUAAUCUACUUCACUUUAGACGUAUCGAAAAGUAUCAGAGUAGAUACAGAUUGCCAGGUUACUAUCCUGGAGUACAUUACUGGGACGUGAACGAUCCUCGAUUUUUUGUCUGUGAAGCUGUAAGGAUUGAUUCUGAUGAGGUAUGUGAUGAGCUGUACUUCAGUCAAUAGUAUGAUACAAUUUUUAUCUUAAUUCAAGCUUUAAUAGUGCUUGAAGUGGCAGAAUCUUGCUUCGAUAAAAUGUAAUAAACCUAUUUUAGUCGCAAAACAUGUUACUCACCCUUUUUGUGACUUCUGAAUACGGUAUUCAAAUCAACGACAUUCAACAAAAGUCAGUUAAGGCCGACCAGCUAAUGUAUAUGAACGUACCCUACCUCUACUUCCUCAAAAAUGUAAGGACUUGUAAAAUACGUCUUUUUUCAAUGUUACUGUUUUUUGUAAUCUUACCAAAAUCUUACUUUUCCAGGUAGAAGUAGACGAAGAAGAUGAUAUUGCAGUAGAAAGAAGUGUUUCUCGGUUGAUAAUAAGACGAACAUUACGAGAGUUCAUCGGCAUAGAAGCUGACAACAAGUCAGCAGUAGAAGCCAUGUUGAACUUCAGCUAUUACCUAUGUGCAGAACAAAUGGACAAUGCCUUCAAAGCCAUCAAGUUCAUUAAAAGUGACUCAGUCUGGGAUCAUAUGGCUAGGACCUGUGUCAAGACCAGACGAAUGGAUGUAGCCAUCGUAUGUUUGGGACACAUGAAGAAGGCCAGAAGUGUCAAAGCAUUAAAAGAAGCCAUCGCUAGGAAUGAGAGUACCGAGUUACAGGCAGCCGUCUUGGCCAUCGAGUUGGACAUGAUCGUAUGUUUGGCUUUUAAGCAGUUAUAUUGUGUUAGUUAACAUGCUUUCUUGGAUCUUUUUAAAUUUACAACGCUAAUAUGGACUGAUGACUUACUAUAAUAUGGUGAUAUCUUUUACAGCACUUUUAUUCCAGGAAGAAGCGGUUAACAUAUACCUAAAGACCGAUAGAUACGAUCUACUUAACAAAUUAUACCAAGCCCAGAAUAAGUGGAAUGAAGCCUUUGAAGUAGCUUCCAAACAUGAUCGUAUUCACUUGAGAAACACUCAUUACAACUACGCGUGUUAUCUCGAGAGUAUCGGCGAGAUUGAACAAGCUAUAGAGAAGUUAGUCGGAAUUUAAUAUGUAUAUCAAAGUUUAACAUUACAUAUUAUAUUGUAAUAUAAAUCGUACAGGUCCUGAACAAAUUCAUAACCGUAUGUUUUAGCUACGAAAAGUCCCAAACUCAUCAUUCUGAAGUGCCAAGAAUGCUAUGCGAAGAGCCAAAAGCAGUCGAUUUGUACAUCAAACGGAAAAGGGAACGGUAAGCUAUAGUACUAAGGUAAAUUAGGUACAAGAAGAACGUACUCUUUCACUUUUUUAAGUAUCAUAGAAUAGAUUAGUCUUUAUGUGCUUAUAAAGUAAGGCUAAAAGUAAAAAUGCAUUUUCAGAGAGCUUUACUUAUGGUGGGCAAGGUAUUUGGAAAGUGUAAGUGACUUGGAAGGCGCCAGAAACUACUACAAGUAUGCAAAUGAGCACGUUUCGGUUGUACGAAUCUACUGCUAUCAUGACAGACUUGCUGAAGUAAGUUAUCAAGGGAGAGUUACUACAGUUUUUAGUUAGGGGCAUGCCAAUUCUUUUUGUCUCAUAGAUGGGCUGAUAAUUGAAGAGACGGGAUUUCUGAAAAAUAAUAAUCAGAUCCUAAUUCAAUUAUCUUAAGGCAGUUGAGACAGUGAACAAAACAGAUGAUAGAGCUGCCGCUUUUCAUCUUGCCAGGUAUUACGAGUCCAAAGGUGAUGUCGAAAAUGCUGUAAAAUACUUUGGUAAAGCUUGUAGCUUCAACAGUGCCAUCAGAUUGGCCAAGGAGAACGGACUAAAUGAUCAGUUGUCUAGCUUUGCUUUGAAUGCGGGAGAGAAUGAACAAAUAGACACGGCCAAGUAUUACGAACAACAACCUGGCCAUGUUGACAAGGCUGUUAUGCUCUACCACAAAGUAAGUGAUUGAUAAUUUUUUUUCAAAUUAAACGUAUCAAAACUGUAUUGAUCCACAUAACACUAAAGUAAUACAAACACAAUUACAGGCCGGACAAGUUGGCAAAGCCCUAGACUUGGCCUUCCGAACAGAACAGAUCAGUGCUCUCGACCCGAUAAUUCGGGAUUUAGGACCAAACUCCGAUCCAAAUGUCCUAGAAAGAGCGGCACACUUCUUUGCCCAGAAUCAACGAGAAAAUGAAGCAGUUCAACUUCUAGUCUACGCCAAAAAGUUCCAAGAAGCAGUCGAACUUUGCUUGGAAGCAAACGUUAUCAUCGACGAAAACCUGGCCGAAAUUCUAACUCCACCAAGAACAGGUAGGUAUCAUUUAUAAUUGCAUAUAAUCAUGGUAAUGAUUUCAAUUAUCAUGUGCUUCAUCUUUAGAUGCAAAUAGAAAAGAGCUACUAACGGAAUUGGCCAAGGUUUGCAUGCAACAAGGAAACUAUCAUUAUGCGGCUAAAAAGUACACUCAAGCUGGACGAAAAGUGGAUGUAAGUUACAGAAAUAUACUGAUAAAAUGGUCAAUGGUUUAAAUCAACAAUAUCUUUCUAGACUUCUUAUCCUGGGCAAUCGAAUCAACUUGAAACCCAUUACUUUUAGGCGAUGAAGGCUCUACUCCGUUCAGGGGAUACCCCAAAGAUAAUAUUAUAUGCAAACACGGCCAAAAACAAGGAGAUAUACCGCAUGGUCGGAAACUAUCUUCAAAGUUUGGAAUGGAAGGAAGACGCGACAUUAAUGAGACAGAUCGAGAACUUUUACAUAAAAGCCAAUGCCAUGGAUUCACUGGCUUCAUUCUACGACUCAUGUGGCCAAGUUGAAGUAGAUGACUACAGAGAUUACGACAAAGCUAUAACUGCUUACAAUGAAGCCGUACGAUGCUGGAAUAAGAAAGAAGAGCGAGAUGGAGAACUGGAAGAAAAAGAAGGCAACAUGAGGAGCAAUAUCAAAAAUAAAAUCACCAGAAUUAAGGCUUUCCUCGAAGCCAAAUCGUAGGUUUUACUAUAAUAUAAAUCAAUAUACUUGUAAUAAUAUAAACUGUGAUUAUAUAUAUAAGUGUCUGUUGAUAAGAUUAACUAACUUUAAAAACAAGAACAGCCUAAAACCAGCAAACUACUUUCAGAAUGUACGAAAAAGACCCUGGAGAAGCGCUAAAAAGACUUUCGGAAAUGUGUGAUCAACCCAACAUAGACAACCACGUCAGACUAGGUGAUAUAUACGGCCUACUGGUAGCUCAUAAUGUAAAGCGGGAAAAUUGGAAGAAAGCCUAUCAGUUGGUACAACAAUAUCAAACAAAGCAUGCGGCUCGAGACAUCUCCGAGUACUUAAACACUUCUGUUCUCGACGAAAUCUGCAAUAAAAAUGGAGCACCACGCUUCAAGAAGUACGAAGAAAAGAAUGACGACUUUGGGGACACUAUAGAAUACAGUCACGCUAUGAGAAGGAGAAUUUCCAACGGUACCGACGAGUUAUCCGACUAA